AUGCGACACCAUGCGGAGUACCUGACGUACGCAUAUAUUCCUGAGCACGUGGAAGGCAGUACGACCCUGUCAGCUAGGCAGGUGGCAGACAAGAAACUUGUUCAUGCUCACACGCCAGAGGGUGCUUAUGGCACGGUCUGGAAGGGCUCCGACCACAAGACCAGCGGCGUCGUGGCCAUCAAGCAGCUGAGCAAGGCCAAGUUGAGCCAAGGAGGCAAGCUCCGACACAACACCGAGCGAGAGGUUGUGAUGAUGCGAGCUUGUCAACACGAGAACAUCGCGCAGCUGUUUGGCGUCUUCCAGGACGCAAAGUUCGUCUACUUGGUCAUGGAGUGCUGUGAAGGCGGUGACAUCGGUGAUCGGGUCAUUGGCUCAAAGAGCAAUGUCCACGAAGAACAGCUGGCGGAAUGGUCGAGGCAGAUGUGCGCAGCCGUUGCUGCGCUGCACGGCAUCCGGAUUUGCCGGGGCCCCAGAGGCACAGGGCUCAGUACUCAGUAA